CACUAUUCUGAGCCCUGGGUCCCCAGCCGCGGCUUGGGUAGAGAUUCAUUGGCCAAUUGUCAGUUGGGGUUCUAUCAGGUUUUUUGAUGCCUUCAUGGGCUCGUUCAGUACUUUUACUUCGGCCUCGCUGCUCAUGAGAGAAUGAAUGGGACUGUCCUGUUGCUUGCGCAUGAAACACCAAUUCUUCCCUGCCACUUUCCACCCCUGCUUUUUAUAGCAUUGCCUAAAUCCUUCUGAGCCUUUCCGGGUCGACACGCGGCCCCAAUACGAAACAAUCGCUUGCGAGUAGCAAAACACACUGACUGCUGGACGUGUCGUCUCUUGUCGCGCGACACGCUUUCCUUACAAGUCCGAGCACAAGAAGAGCGAGCACAGCUGGAGAAUGGACGAGGACAGCAGGAUUUCCAUAACGAUAUGUGGCGACGGAGGAUGCGGCAAAUCUUCAAUCACACUGCGGCUGGUGAGGAGUGAAUGGACACAUGAAUAUGACCCUACGAUCGAGGACUCAUACUCGGUAACUCGAGUUAUUGAUGGAAAGACAUAUCACCUCAAUAUCACCGAUACUGCUGGCCAAGAAGAAUACCGUGGUUUGUGGGCCACGUCGAAUCUCAAGAGCGAUGCAUUCCUUCUCGUCUACGACAUCACCAGUCCCAUGUCCCUAGACGGCCUACAAUACUUCACAGACAUGCUUGAGAUAGAAACCGAGCAUCGUCUAGAUACCGACGGAGUACCGCCUGUGAAGAUCGUUACCGGAAACAAAUGUGAUUUGCAGACGGCGAGACAGAUUCGAAGUCAACAGGGUCUUGAGUGGGCCAGAGCUCGGAAAUGUGGGUUCAUGGAGACCAGCGCGAGGGAGAUGGUCAAUAUUGAGGAAACCUUCGCUCUUCUUGUACGGCGGGUGGUUGAGUCUCGGAAAAUCCAUGCGAUGGGAGGCGCCGCAGCAUUUGCAAAGACACAGCCUAUAGCGCCAACCUCGGAGAAGAAGCAUCUACCAGAUAUCGAGCAGGUGCAUAGAGAAGCCAGACCGAGUCUUUGGAGACGUGUGAAGUGCUGGUGACGGCACAUUGGCGUACGGAUCAACGCGAGUGCGAGAAAAAAAAGUUAUAGAGCGUAUGUCACACUUGGGCCUCAAGAGCGCAGAGUACCUUUGGUUUGGAAUCCUAUUUUGUCAUUUGUAUACAUAUAGCUAGGCAACUUUCCUUUUGCUAGGCGCUUGAGCGAGUCUGGACAGGCACAUCCCAUUUGUUUAAGGGCCAUUUUGUCUUAUUUAUUCCCAUCCUGUAACCUGUUGCCCGUUGUUUGGCUUCUGCAUACAGCGAUUUGGUUGUUCCAGAUGAGUGUACGAUAGGAAAAGGACACUAAAAAGCACGGUCAUAGGCAAUAUUUCAAUACUGGAAUGCGAACGAAACGUAUCU